UCCUGUACAUUUUUCUAUGGGUAUUUAAGGGAAUCUACAGUGAUUUUAGUUAGUUCAUUUUAAGUGAACAGAUCUGAUUCAAUGGUCGUUUAAAACUUUAUUUGCUCAUAUUUGUUGAAAACGGGGAUGUUACAUGCAGUAAAUUUCGCAAUUUUCCUCAUAUAUCAAAGAGAUUUAAAUGUGGUAAAUAAGAUGUUUAUCACGACAUCAUUCAUGUCUUUUAGUAACUGUUAAAGAGCUUUUGCUUAUAUCAGACACGGACUUAGAUUUUUAAAGGUAUUAUACAUAUAUUUGGAUAUAUUUAAAACAUGCAAUCACAAAAUACUCCUCUAUUCACAUCAUAUGAAACAAACAGAAAAAUUAAUAGUAAAAACAUAUGGAUAAACAUAUUCCAUUUACCACACUUUAUAAACACAUAGCAAUUAAAUAAAAAUCCCCCCCCCCCUUCACCGAAAGAGUGUGUGAAGCCUGACAACUCAAGAGUAAGCAUUGAACUUGAACUUGAAAAUGGACGAUAUUUUAGAGGAAAUGCAGGCGAUUGAAGCCAUAUAUUGCGGGGAAAAGGAGUUUAACUUGCUCUCCCAAGGUGAAUUAUCCGUGGCAUUUUCCGUAACAAUAAGUCCUACCCACCAUCCAGACUUGAGAAUAUCUGUGAUGUUUACUUUGUCUGUAGAAUCAUACCCUGAAGAUGUACCACCAUUUUCAGUCCAAUGUACUUCCCUCAGCCGACAGCAGUGUGAAGACCUAAAAAAUUCCCUAAAAGAAGAGGCCGAAUUAUUAAGAGGAAGCCCAAUGGUGCUAAACAUUCUUACAACUCUUCAAGAUAAACAGCUAAAAGUAGCUCAGACGAUAAUAGCAGACUCAGCAAGACCCAGUAUUAACGAUGCAAAAGUGUAUGUACUACAGCUGGACCACAUGCGCAAUAAGACACGUUAUGUGAAAACAAUCCAGCGUUGGUGCAAAGAGUUGUCGAUUGUGGGCGGUUUGGUGUUUUGUUUAAGAUGGAUAUUUCUCAUACUGCAAGGUGAUGAGGAGAGUAUAAAGACAUACAUCCAACGAAACAAAACCCAAGUUGUAGAUGUCGAUUCCUCAGGACGACCAUGCAAGGAAAGACUUCUAUCUGUGCUCCAUAGUGGUGAUCAUCCAGUCAUGUUAACAGAGUUUAACACAUGUGAUUUUAAAAAUAUUACAGAUUUAAAAGAAUGGAUGAUGGAUGCAAAGCUUGAAAACAUUUAUGAAAGUGUUAUAGCACCAGUUCUAAAAAAAUGAGUGAUUUAUAUAUAUAUUUGCAUAUGUAUAUUUAUAUACUGUCGUAUUACAGUAAUAAAGAUGUCCAUAAAAAGUUGUGUGUACUGUACUUCCAUGUGUAACCAAUAAGUGUGUAAAUGAUUAAGAAAAAACAUGGGUAUUUAGCAAAGUCUACAUACAAAUAUAUAAAUGUAGAUAUAAAUUAUGAUGAAACAAUUUAUUAUUCAUCUUAUUGGUAAUACUGUUUGAAAUGAGCACGUGAAUGUAAUUAUGUUAUGUAGGUAUGAAUUAUGAUGGCAGAUUAAUUAUUAUUGGGUCUUUGUGUGUACUCCAAAGAACAGUUAAGACUUUAUUAGAUUGCAGCCAGGUAUGAAUUUAACAUUUUUUAUGGAAUUUACCUUUUUCUCUAUGUUGUAGUACUCUUGAUUUCAUAAUGAAUGUUUAGUUUGUGGAUUAGAGUACUUGAUGUUAUGGGAAAUCAAUUUAUAAAGUUUUUGUAAUAG